AGCUGCAGAAGCUGCCGCCACCUCCAAUGCACAAGGUAUCUCAUCUGAAAAGAAACCUGAGCCCCAGGGAGGCGGCGCGGAGCGACCCUGGCAGAGCUGGCGCAAACAGGGCGAGAGGUCGCUGGGCAGCGUUCGAGGACAGAGGGAGCUCGGCCACAGAAGACCCCAGCGAUCUGAUCCCGGGAUCCCGGCUCCAAGCUCUCCUCGCAUUUUACAGAUUUCACCCCCGCGACUAUCUCCCCAAAACGGAGCCUUUAUAUCAAGAGAAGGUGCGGGAGCUGGGGCAACCAGGACUUUCCCGGGCACCCAAGAUGCGCUCCAUUAGGAAGAGGUGGACGAUCUGCACAAUAAGUCUGCUCCUGAUCUUUUAUAAGACAAAAGAAAUAGCAAGAACUGAGGAGCACCAGGAGACGCAACUCAUCGGAGAUGGUGAAUUGUCUUUGAGUCGGUCACUUGUCAAUAGCUCUGAUAAAAUCAUUCGAAAGGCUGGCUCUUCAAUCUUCCAGCACAAUGUAGAAGGUUGGAAAAUCAAUUCCUCUUUGGUCCUAGAGAUAAGGAAGAACAUACUUCGUUUCUUAGAUGCAGAACGAGAUGUGUCAGUGGUCAAGAGCAGUUUUAAGCCUGGUGAUGUCAUACACUAUGUGCUUGACAGGCGCCGGACACUAAACAUUUCUCAUGAUCUACAUAGCCUCCUACCUGAAGUUUCACCAAUGAAGAAUCGCAGGUUUAAGACCUGUGCAGUUGUUGGAAAUUCUGGCAUUCUGUUAGACAGUGAAUGUGGAAAGGAGAUUGACAGUCACAAUUUUGUAAUAAGGUGUAAUCUAGCUCCUGUGGUGGAGUUUGCUGCAGAUGUGGGAACUAAAUCAGAUUUUAUUACCAUGAAUCCAUCAGUUGUACAAAGAGCAUUUGGAGGCUUUCGAAAUGAGAGUGACAGAGAAAAAUUUGUGCAUAGACUUUCCAUGCUGAAUGACAGUGUCCUUUGGAUUCCUGCUUUCAUGGUCAAAGGAGGAGAGAAGCACGUGGAGUGGGUUAAUGCAUUAAUCCUUAAGAAUAAACUGAAAGUGCGAACUGCCUAUCCAUCAUUGAGACUUAUUCAUGCUGUCAGAGGUUACUGGCUGACCAACAAAGUUCCUAUCAAAAGACCCAGCACAGGUCUUCUCAUGUAUACACUUGCCACAAGAUUCUGUGAUGAAAUUCACCUGUAUGGAUUCUGGCCAUUCCCUAAGGAUUUAAAUGGAAAAGCGGUCAAAUAUCAUUAUUACGAUGACUUAAAAUAUAGGUACUUUUCCAAUGCAAGCCCUCACAGAAUGCCAUUAGAAUUCAAAACAUUAAAUGUGCUACAUAAUAGAGGAGCUCUAAAACUGACAACAGGAAAGUGUGUAAAGCAAUAAAGCACAUUUUGAAACAAACAAUAUGCACUUCUUUUCUGAAGAUGCUUCCGAAGAUUUGAAAAUAGGAUCCAAAACACAGCUGGGUUUCAGCAUCCACCAAUGAACUGAAAGGUGAAUAAAGGACGUUCAUGAGAAAUCGACUACCAGCUGAUGAAAUACCUGCAAAGUGCUCUAAAAAUUAAAUAUUUUGACUUUAAGGGUCCUAGUAAGUGCCACUUCCACUAAGAAUACAGUUUGAAUGUAUAAUCAGUAGUGUUUACAAGAUCCAACAGUGCACUCAUCAUUAGUUAACAAAGCAAAUAUGUUCAUCACUGUCAGGCUGCCCACAGCAACACCAAGCACAUUAGAAGAGGAACCCCAGGAACGCAACUCAGACCUUGGGAAAUUAAACCAUCCUUGUCAGCAGAAGCCAAGAUGGAAGCAGUUUGAGCAAUGAAAUCCGUAAGAUUAAACAACUCAAGUAAAUGCCUUCAGUCAGGACUCUGAGUCUGAUCAUGAAUUUUAUGUUUUAAUUUAUGUUUUUUUUGUCUUCUGGAAUCUCUUUUGGUUUGGAUAUUGGGAUGCUUAGAAAUCCUUUCUGAGAUGCAUAUGAGUGAGGAAAUAAACUUUAAGUAAUUAUUUUUAAAGUUCUUAUACUUUUUAAAAGCUAUCACACAAAGACUUUUUUUUUUUUUUUUUUGUCUCGCUCUGUUGCCCAGGCUGGAGUGCAGCGGCGCGAUCUCAGCUCACUGCAAGCUCCGCCUUCCAAGUUCACUUUAUUUUCCUGCCUCAGCCUCCGGAGUAGCUGGGACUGCAGGCGCCUGCCACCACGCCUGGCUAAUUUUUUGUAUUUUUAGUGGAGACGGAGUUUCACCGUGUUAGCCAGGAUGGUCUCAAUCUCCUGACCUCGUGAUCCACCCGCCUCGGCCUCCCAAAGUGCUGGGAUUACAGCCGUGAGCCACCGUGCCUGGCCGACAUUUUUAAAAAAAGUUUUAUUUUGCACGGCUCUAAACCUCCAUGUUAUUUUCCAGUGGUGUAGAAGGUACCAGCUAAAGUGAACCACUAUGUAAUAUUAGGCCAUUCUAAAGGAAAGAUGUUCCAUGUCAUCAGAGAUGGUAAAAUAGGCAGGGAAAAAAAAAUCUUUGGUACCAAAGAUUACACUUGUGUUUCUACACAGCAAACCAUUUUUCUUUCAUGAAAAUAAUAUAUUAUUAACAUGAAUAUAUUAUUUUGCUAUUAAUGUGAAAGUUGUCUCUAAAUAUUUUUUAAUUUUCAAACUCAUACUUUAUUUUCAUUUGAAAUGUUUUUCACACCUUUUGCAUUACAUAAUAAUUUUGUGGAAGCAUUUUGCCCUUUAGAAUAAAUAUUAGAUUGAUAUAGCUGAAAUGUGACUUCCAGUUCUUUGAUAUUCCCCUUGUUAUUCAAAUAGAAAUAUGGAAAUGCUUUAUAUAUUACUGUUAAAUUUCUUAGUGCAGAAAUAACAUUAUUAAUAGAGUAUUGUUUUCAAAAUAGAGAUGAUUAAUUUCAAGAGGUUUAACAGUGAAAUUGUGUCAAUAUUUUGCAUUUAAAAUGAAUUUAAUUGACCAAUAUUUUCUGUAGUUAAAUUUAGUCACAAUAUCACAUGUGUUCUUCAAGAAACACAUGAAAUUAUUAAUAAAGUAAUUAAAAAAUUUUUAAUGUAUAACAGAAUUGACCAAUAGGCCAGUUUUCUGGUAACUUAUGAUAGUAGAUUGUUUCUUUAGAAACUGGGCAGAAGCACUGCAUUCUCACUUGUACUUUGAUUUCUUAUUUCUUGGGCAGGCAAUUUGAGGAAAGAAGAAAUGACAUGGGGAAUAUAUAUGUUUUGUUUCUUAGGGAAAACAGUCUGAGAAAUGAAUAAAAAGCAUGAAGUACGUGUGUGUGUGUGUGUGUGUGUGUGUGUGUGUUACCAUGGAAAAGGAUAUUCACAGUAGUACAGUUCUCAAUAUUUUUAAUUAGAUGUCAUUUUUUUAAUAUAGUAAAACCUUGGGAUAUAGAAUAUUACAUCUUUUGAGAAUGUAUGUGUCUCUAAGUAAGUAAAAUCUAAUGCGUAUAGGAGACUGAUAGCUAAAAAUGAAUGGAACAUUAAUGUACUUUUAUAAUUAAACCUCUCAUCUAUCAGAAAUUGUAAGAGAAUAGAUACAUGUUUUGAAUGUAAAGUUGAAAAGUCUGGUUUACUUAACAAAUUGAAAGUGAUUUAUAAAAUCUAAAUUUGGACUACUUGCAAAUGAUAAGCUAUUCUAGUAGCCUUUAGUUUAAAUCCAACAGAAAUCUAGAAGUCACAAGCAAAUAUCUUAAAGGUAAAAUCCAUCUGGGCACUCAUUUAAAGUAUAUCUUAAAAAAGCAGCAGCAAGGUACCUUGCCAUUUUUAGCAUAUUUUCUUCCUUUUUCUUUUUUCUUUUUUUUUUUUUUUUUGAGAUGGAGUCUCACUCUGUCACACAGGCUGGAAUGCAGUGAUGCUAUCUGAGCUCACUGCAACCUCCACCUCCUGGGUUCAAGUGAUUCUCGUGCCUCGGCCUCCCAAGUAGCUGGGGUUACAGGCGCCCACCACCACACUCGGCUAAUUUUGUGUUUUUAGUAGAGACAAAGUUUCACCAUGUUGGCCAGGCUGGUCUUGAACUUCCUGACCUCAGGUUAUCCACCCACCUCAGCCUCCCAAAGUGCUGGGAUUACAGGUGUGGGCCACCGCAGCCGGACCAUUUUUAGUAUAUUUUCAAUAAAUACAUUUAAACAAUGUUAAGGCCACAGCACACAUAUCUCAGCCAUUCAUUGUUCUGUGCAUUGAUGUUUAUCUCAUAGAUGCAUUGAGUAGUGCCUUUUUAGCUUUUUCACAUUACUUUGUCACCAUAUCCUUUGUGUUCUCUAAAUACAUUGCCCACUUCCAAAAAUGUUCAGCAUGAAAAAAAGGGCUUCAGUGUCGAUUGAGAUUGCUUUUGUUCAUCUCAGGGAUUUCAAUAGUCAAGAAUGAAUUCAGUUAAAGGUAUUUAGGGUUCAAAGAAGACAAACUGUACAAGCCCAUUUCAUUCCUUGUUGUAUACCUUUCCAUCUGCCCUCCCAUUUUAACUGUCUACUGUGGCCUUUUUAUGGGAACAGAGCAAGAUCAAUGAAGGCUAAUGGCAAGAAUGAGAAAAAGAGUUGAGAUUUAACCAAUAGCGGAACAUAAAGGAUCAUGACAAAAUCAAAUUAUAAAAGCAUACUUGAAAUAGGUGGAGCUUUUUCUUUUGAAAAUAUAUGUUCACAAUUUUAAUAUUUUAAUUUAUUUUUUACUAUUUAACCCUGUACUUGGCAAUGCUCAGGCAGCUGAUUGUGAAAUAUUCUUGUCCUUUACAGAACAUGGUUGUUAUUGUGCUGUUGACGUGAAUAGACCAUGGAAACAUUUUCAUCAUUAUUAUUCAGCCUGUGCUGUAGUUUAUGUUAAGUUGCUGAAAUAAAAAGUGAGCAAGUAAUAGAUUUUCUGGGCAAAUCUAAUGAUUCAGCCCACAGGACUGUUGAAACUACUGCGGAAGUUUUUCUAUCUGAAAGAAGGUGCUGGGCAUUCAAAUGUCUUCAUGUAUUGUAUAUCAUAUGAAUUGUAUAUCAAUUACUAAUGGGAAUUUCUACAUAUAUGCUUACAAAAGCAAUUUAUUUAAGUAAUGCUAGGGGUAGUGUACAUACCAAUUAGUUAUUCAGCUACUAUACAGAAAAAAGAUGAACAAAUUAAUUUAUUUCUAAUUGAGCCAGUUAGACAUAAUGCAUAUAACGUGAUAUUUGGUUCAUGAAAGAGUUGUUUUCAUGUGGUUAUUGUAGGGAGUAUAUAUAAUUGUGGAAGGGGUAUGGGAAGAGUUGUGUAUAGUUAGUUGUUAUCUCUACAAGUUUGAAAGUUUUCCCAUCAAACAUUAUCAAUAUACCAAUGUUUUAAAAAUUGAGUGAGGGUUAUUAUUUGUAUUUGAUGAAAGAAAAUCCAAAUAAAGCCCACCUAGAAAUAGAUAUUUUAUUAUAUAUGUGCUAUAGAUAUACCUAUAUAGUACAAAUAGACAUGUGUGAUGCAUAUAUACAAUGUUAUAUAUGUGUAUAUGUGUGUAUACACACUGAGUCUGUAAUAUGUAUACACUAGAUUUGUGUUAUGCUAACAUCUUCAGGGUCUGCACUGUGAACUCCCCUGGAGAUAAGUAAGUCCACUUUAGAAUAAAGAAGUUCUUUUGAGACUUCAGUUACUAACGUGCUUUAAGAGGUAUCUACUUUAUAACUGAAUUCUAUGUCGUUCAUACGUAGAGUUACAGUAAGGGUCUAGUAUGUCCAAAUCUUAAAAAUAAUAAUAAAGAAGAAAAGUAAAGCCUUCAAGCUAGCAAUGUAUUCGAAUUACAGUUUUCAGAUUGUGGCUCCAGGCCUUGUGUUUCUCAUUUAAGUAGCACCUUUUAAUAAAAACCAUUUCUUUGUGUAGGCAAAAGCACAAGUGUUUCAAAUGUAAAUAGCAGGAAAAGAAAAGAGUUUACAGAGAUAGCAUUGCUGCACAGAAUAAUUGCUACUGAGUAUUUCUUAUAGAAUUUGUGGAAUUGAAAGAUGAGGUUUAUUCUGUCAAGUUCAAGUUCAUUCUGUUCAACACUGUUUUCUUAUUGUUUGUGUAUAGCAACCGGGUAUUAUUGUUUUAUCAUUUGUAAAAUUGUAAAAUAAAUUAAUCCCUUUUUUUCACUGUU